AUGGCGGUCCCGAAGCUGGGCAGCGCCAUGCGCUUCCUAAUGGCUGGCGGUGCCGGCGCAGUGCUGCUGUCGCCGGCCGGCGUGGCGCUGGCCGACAAGGCAGACCCGAAAAAGAAGGAGCAGGGGCCCCUGUUUGAUCCUGAAGCGCUGGAGCGCGGCGCCAAGGCGCUCAGGGAGAUCAACAGCUCGCCACACGCCAAGCAGGUAAUCCAGCUUACUCGGGAGCAAGAGGUGACUAAGCAGCAGGAACUGAAGGUUGAAGAAGCAAAGUACGGCGCCCAGGCGGCAGCGGCGGCGCAGGAGCAAGAGCGGGUGCGGUGGGAGGCGCAGUCAAAGUACGCUCAGGAGGAGGCGCAGCGCAAGGCGCAGCUGGCGCAGUACAACGAUGAGCUGGCGCGCAAGCGGCAGGCGCAUGAACAUGAGCUGCAACGGCAGCGCAACGCCGAGCUGGUACAGCUGCAGGCGGAGACGGCGGCGCGGCAGGAGGCGGAGCGGCUGAGGAUUGAGCAGCAGAUCCAGGCGGAGCGGCGGGCGGCGGAGCAGUACAAGCUGUGGCGGUUGCGGCGGGUGGAUUGGCAACCACCCUUUCUCUAA